GCGCCCAUUCUCUGUCUUCUCUUUCUGUGCUUGCGAAUAAAUUUAGAGAGAGAAAGAGGGGGAAGGGAGAGAGAAGAAGCCUGGUUUAGGAUUCCUUUCUUUCCAAGCCGUUUUGAGCACCUGGAAGCUCCGAAGGAACACGGAACCAAGUGUCAGCGUUACUACGCUGGGGUGGAGGGACCACAAAAGCGGCGCACCGUCAAGAUGGCAGCUGGGCUGCGGAAACGCGGCCCGGCAGGUUCCACAGUCCAGGUAGCGGGACCCUGGAGGCAAUGGCUACAGCGCGCCUGGCAAGAACGGCGCCUACUGCUGAAGGAGCCGCGCUACACGCUGCUAGUGGCCUCCUGCCUCUGCCUGGCAGAGGUGGGCAUCACCUUCUGGGUCAUUCACAGGGUGGCAUACACAGAGAUUGACUGGAAGGCCUACAUGGCCCAAGUGGAGGGCGUCCUCAAUGGCACAUAUGACUAUACACAGCUGCGGGGUGACACUGGACCGCUUGUCUACCCAGCUGGCUUUGUGUAUAUCUUUAUGGGGCUGUACUAUGCCACUGGCCAGGGCACUGAUAUCCGCAUGGCUCAGAACAUCUUUGCUGUGCUCUACCUGGUCACCUUGCUCCUCGUUUUCUUGAUCUACCACCAGACCUGCAAGGUCCCUCCGUUCGUCUUUCUCUUCAUGUGUUGUGCCUCUUACCGUGUCCACUCCAUCUUUGUGCUGCGGCUCUUCAACGACCCAGUGGCUAUGGCGCUGCUCUUCCUUAGCAUCAACCUCUUCCUGGCCCAGCGCUGGGGCUGGGGCUGCUGCUGUUUCAGCCUGGCGGUCUCUGUGAAGAUGAAUGUGCUGCUUUUCGCCCCUGGCUUGCUGUUUCUUCUUCUGACUCAGUUUGGCUUCCGUGGUGCCCUUCCCAGAUUGGGCAUCUGUGCUAUUCUUCAGGUGGUGCUGGGGCUGCCCUUUCUGCUGGAGAACCCUGUUGGCUACCUAUCCCGCGCCUUUGAUCUUGGCCGCCAGUUUCUCUUCCAGUGGACAGUGAACUGGCGCUUCCUCCCUGAGGCUCUCUUCCUGCAUCGAGCCUUCCACCUAGCCCUGUUGGCCACCCACCUAGCCUUGCUCGUACUGUUUGCCCUCUGUAGGUGGCACAGGACAGGGGAAAGUAUCCUGUCUCUGCUAAAGGAUCCUUCCAAAAGGAAAGUUCCACCUCAACCCCUCACACCCAAUCAGAUUGUUUCCACCCUCUUUACUUCCAACUUCAUUGGCAUCUGCUUUAGCCGUUCUCUCCACUACCAGUUCUACGUCUGGUAUUUCCACACACUGCCCUACCUCCUGUGGGCCAUGCCUGCACCCUGGCUUACACACCUGCUCAGGUUGCUGGUGCUGGGAGUCAUUGAGCUCUCCUGGAACACGUACCCAUCUACGUCCUGCAGCUCUGCUGCCCUGCACAUAUGCCAUGCCGUCAUCCUGCUGCAGCUCUGGCUCGGCCCUCAGUCUUUUACCAAGAGCAUCCAACCUAACAAGAAAGCCCAGUGAGAUCCACCUCUUUUCAGGACCCUUGCAAUCCAGGAUCAUGGGUGGAAUGGACUCUGCCCUUCCAAAUAAACCUUACCAAGCCCA